AUGGCAACAAACUUUGUUAAAAACCUCUUUAUAUCACCAGAAAUCAACCCAAGUACCCGCAAAGCCAGAUCUAUUCCCAUAUUGAACCCUUUCGAUCAAUAUGGACGGGUGUUCUUCUUCUCAUGGCUUGGCUUCAUGGUGGCAUUCCUAUCAUGGUACGCCUUUCCACCACUGUUGAGUGUGACCAUCAAAAAGGACUUGAACAUGACACAAGAAGAUGUCGCCAAUUCAAACAUUGUCGCACUCCUGGCAACUCUACUCGUUCGAUUUGUUGCAGGGCCACUCUGUGAUCGCUAUGGCCCACGUCUGGUCUUCGUGGGACUACUCCUAUGCGGAGCCAUUCCCACAGCCAUGGCCGGUCUCGUCACCGGCCCCAAGGGCCUAAUAGCUCUACGAUUUUUCAUUGGAAUUCUGGGAGGAACAUUCGUCCCAUGCCAGGUCUGGUGCACUGGUUUCUUCGAUAAAAGUAUUGUCGGUACUGCCAAUUCCCUCGCCGGAGGCUGGGGUAACGCAGGCGGAGGAAUCACAUACUUUUUGAUGCCCGCCAUCUAUGACUCUCUCGUCCACUCCCGCGGCCUCCCCUCUCACAAAGCAUGGCGUAUCGCCUACGUCGUUCCAUUCAUCAUCAUCACCGUUAUCGCCUUAGGCAUGUUGUUCCUCUGCGAAGAUACCCCAACAGGAAAGUGGUCUGAGAGACACCUCUGGGCGAAAGAGUCAACUGGCACCACCAUGACCGCCGACGGCAACAUCGUCGACCUCAACACUGGUACUUUCUCUAGCGGAAUGACGACCCCCCACAACGCCGCAACAAUCGACAUCGAAAAGAAAGGCGCCCAGACACCACAAGUCAUAGACACCGAGACAUCAACAAUGGGCCAGAUGGACAUCUUCAAACAAGACACAGUCGUCUCCCCAACUCGCCGAGAAGCCCUGCGCGUGGCCCUGAGUCUAUCCACUAUGGCUCUGGCAAUCCCCUAUGCCUGCUCGUUUGGCUCAGAGCUAGCAAUCAACUCGAUUCUCGGAUCUUACUACACAAAAAACUUCCCACACAUGGACCAAACAAAAUCGGGACAGUGGGCUGCCAUGUUCGGCCUGCUGAAUGUCGUCUUCCGACCCGCGGGUGGUCUCUUCGGAGAUUUGGUUUACCGGUACACAGACAAGGUCUGGUCUAAAAAGCUUCUGAUUACCUUUUUGGGGGUCUCGAUGGGAGCUUUCCAGCUUGCGAUCGGAUUAUCGAACCCGUCCUCGGAGGCGGCUAUGUUCGGUCUUAUCGCGGGAUUAGCUUUCUUCCUUGAGGCAUCUAAUGGAGCCAACUUUGCUCUUGUGCCUCAUGUGCAUCCUUUUGCUAAUGGUAUCGUCUCUGGAAUCGUUGGUGGUUUCGGUAAUCUUGGAGGAAUCGUCUUUGCUAUUAUCUUCAGAUAUAACGGGUCAAGCUACGGGCGAUCGAUGUGGAUCAUCGGUGUUAUAUCUUUGGCGGCUAACUUCGCCGUUUCCUGGAUUCGCCCAGUUCCUAAGAGUCAGAUCAUGUCAUGA